CAGCCCAGCCUUUGAACUUCACCGCUUUUGGCUCGUAUUCACGCUCUUCCGCUCAUUUCCAAGCCAGGUGCUUGACGACAAACCUCAGCGAGAGAAAGAGAGAGAGAGAGAGAGAAAGAGAGAGAGAGAGGAAGAAAAAAUAACGCCGAACACUUUUACGACUUCUGCAAACUGACUGCGGAACAUCGCUUUCACCUUUGUGGAUUUUUCACGUGUGCGCAUCCUGCAUGUGUGUGUUUUUUGCUGCCGCAGGUCUGACAGAGUUGUGAGUGGACUUAGGGCGAAAGCUGCUGCUGCGCUGUUUCAAGUCGGUUGGAGAAGACGAUAAUUUGGAUUUUUUUAUUAUUUUAUUUUUGUUUUCUUUCUUUCUUUUUUUUAAUUUCCCAGACUCUUGAACAUCCCAGCCCGUGGCAUGACUGGUAUCUGGCAUCUUCACAGGUGAAUAGCUCCCCUUCCUUUCCUUUCCUUGUCCUUCCUUGAGAUAAGAAACUUUUCUCCUCGUCAUUAACAGUGGGGAUAAAAAAAAAACAAGUACAGUUUUUAAGAUGUCAAAGCCCGCCGAUCACAUCAAGAGACCUAUGAACGCGUUCAUGGUCUGGUCCCGGGGCCAGAGGAGGAAAAUGGCUCAGGAGAACCCCAAAAUGCACAACUCGGAGAUCAGCAAGAGGCUGGGCGCCGAGUGGAAGCUGCUGUCCGAGUCCGAGAAGAGACCGUACAUCGACGAGGCCAAGCGGCUGCGGGCUCAGCACAUGAAGGAGCACCCCGACUACAAGUACCGGCCCCGGCGCAAACCCAAGAACCUGCUCAAGAAGGACCGCUACGUUUUCCCUUUGCCUUACCUCGGGGACACCGACCACUUGAAGGGGCUGCCGGUGUCGGCCGCGGACUCUCUGCUGGGCUCCUCGGAGAAAGCCCGGGCGUUCCUACCGCCGACGUCCGCCCCGUACUCUUUCCUCGACCCGAGCCAGUUCAGCUCCAGCGCCAUCCAGAAGAUGACGGAGAUGCCGCACACGUUGAGCACCAGCACUUUGCCGUACGCGUCCUCGUUGGGAUACCAGAACGGCGCGUUCGGCACCCUCGGGUGCCCCAGUCAGCACACCCACACCCACCCGUCGCCCACAAACCCGGGCUACGUCGUCCCAUGUAACUGCACAGCCUGGUCAGCGUCAAGUUUACAGCCCCCGGUGGCCUACAUACUUUUUCCAGGUAUGACCAAGACUGGGAUAGACCCAUACUCAUCCGCACACGCCACUGCCAUGUAACCCUCAAGACUCUGUCCCUCUUUUUAAUUCACUUGAAUACUGAAAUGCAUGUAAAUAUAUUACGGACAGCGCGCCCCGUUUAAAAAGGCAUGAACAGUGUUAACUUGCCUUGGACUUGGUAUGACAGAUGAAAAAAGAAAAGAGAGAGAGAAAGAAAAACUUUUCCAACAAGUUCCUGCCUGAGCAGAGCUGGAGUUUGGUGUAAAGGACGGAAGCCCUGUGAACUGUAAGAAAUGUAAAUGUUAUAACGUUUAUGGCAGCCAGAAAAAAAGGAGGCCUUUAACUUUAUUUAUUGUGUACAUUUCAAUGCCGAUAUGCUGAUUUGUGUUAAUUAUUGAUAGACUACUCUUUUAUUUGAAGAAGAAAAAAAUUGGCUUGCACAAUUAGCGUUCAUAUUCCCUGUAUAGGCCUAAGUAGUCUACAUUUCUGGCAAUUUAUCAUCAUGUUCUGGGUCCAAAUCAGGACAUAUAGGCUGGGUUAUUUACGGGUUAUAUUGUUUAUCAACAAGAAAAAAUAAUUGGCACAUGAUACAACCAGACGGUCUAUUUAUUAUGACGAAACAUCCAACUGUUUGAUUUUGCAUUUUUCCUGUGGUUCAGUCCUAAUAUAGUCACACGCGUCAUUUGAGUUAGUUUUUUUUAUUCUUUAGUUUUUUUUUUUUUUUGUUUUUGAGGAUAACUUCUAUUUGAAUUCAAGGAGUUCUAUGUGUAUUUUCUAUCUAAGAUGGUAAUUUAAAACCUGUCAUGUUAUGGAAAGGAUAAUGUAUCCAGAAGGUUGAUACCUCCUGCUCUUUGUUCAAGUGCUGAGCAAAGACGUUUCGAAUAAAGACAAUCUGUCUUCAACCGGA